GCUGCCGCCGCGCCGAGGCCGGGGACCGCGGCUGUGCGCAGCGCGCGGGUGCCGGGCGGGGCGGGAGGGGGUGUCCGACCGGCCGCGCGGCCCCUGGCGCCCGCCGCGCCCGCCUGCCCGCCUUGCCCACCGUGCGCGCUUGCUGCCCUGCCCUGCCCGCCCCGCCCGCCUUGCCCACCGUGCCCGCUUGCCUGCCCUGCCCGCCUGCUGCCCGCCCUGCCUGCCCUGCCCGCCUGCCCGCCGUGCCCGCCGCCUGCCCCGCGCCGGCCGCCGUGGCGUGGCCGUGGAGCCCGCCGCCCGCGGGGCGCGCACCGCCUUGACCCCGGCGGCCCCGCGGCAGGCAGGCGCCCGCAGGUCCAUGGUGGGCUCGGAGCGCGAUGAGCCGCCCGUCCUCCACCGGCCCCAGCGCUAGCAAGCCCUGCAGCAAACCGCCGCCGCCGCAGCCCCCGCACGCCCCGUGCCCGGCGGCGCCCCCGGCCGCCGCCACCAUCUCGGCCGCGGUGCCCGCCGCGGCGGCGGUGAUCCCGGGCCCCGGCGGCGGGGGCGGGGCCGGCCCCGGGUCCCCGCAGCACCACGAGCUGACCUCGCUCUUCGAGUGCCCCGUGUGCUUCGACUAUGUGCUGCCCCCGAUCCUGCAGUGCCAGGCCGGGCACCUGGUGUGUAACCAAUGCCGCCAGAAGUUGAGCUGCUGUCCGACGUGCCGGGGCGCCCUGACGCCCAGCAUCAGGAACCUGGCGAUGGAGAAGGUGGCCUCGGCGGUCCUGUUCCCCUGCAAGUACGCCACGACGGGCUGCUCGCUGACGCUGCACCACACGGAGAAGCCGGAGCACGAGGACGUGUGCGAGUUCCGGCCCUACGCGUGCCCGUGCCCCGGCGCGUCGUGCAAGUGGCAGGGCGCGCUGGAGGCGGUGAUGGCGCACCUCAUGCACGCGCACAAGAGCAUCACCACGCUUCAGGGCGAGGACAUCGUCUUCCUGGCCACGGACAUCAACCUGCCGGGCGCCGUGGACUGGGUGAUGAUGCAGUCGUGCUUCGGCCACCACUUCAUGCUGGUGCUGGAGAAGCAGGAGAAGUACGAGGGCCACCAGCAGUUCUUCGCCAUCGUGCUGCUCAUCGGCACGCGCAAGCAGGCCGAGAGCUUCGCCUACCGCCUGGAGCUCAACGGCAACCGGCGCCGGCUCACGUGGGAGGCCACGCCGCGCUCCAUCCACGACGGCGUGGCCGCCGCCAUCCUCAACAGCGACUGCCUGGUCUUCGACACGGCCAUCGCGCACCUCUUCGCCGACAACGGCAACCUGGGCAUCAACGUCACCAUCUCCACGUGCUGCCCGUGACGCGCGGCCCGCCCGGGAGGGCCCCGCCGGGCUAGGGCGCGGGCCGGGGGCGCCUGUGAGCGGCGAGCUCGGGCUGGGAGGCGCCCCCCGCUGCCCGCCUCCCCGCCCACCCCGGGCCCUGUGUGGGGCACGUGGCACAGCCGGGCCCGCGGCACCCUGGUACUUCCCGGGGCCGAGAAGGGCGCGGGAGCCCUUUCCCGGAGGGGGGUCUUCGCAAACUGCAUGGCUCCGCCCCGGGGCCAGCCUUCGGGGCCGGGCACGAGCAGAGAGGGCACCCCGCGGACACUGGCUUGCUGCUGGUUCGCCCCCUCCCCAGCCCCGCAGGAGGAAAGCUCGGCCUUCCCUGGUGGGCCCCGGGCGCCUGGGGGCGGUGCGGAGGGCCCCGGGGUGUUGGCCGGCCCCCCCCAGGGCGCUCCCCACCCCUGGCGUCUGCUCCUUAGCUGGAGCCCCCCCCCCCACCGGCCUGUCCUCGGGGCCAGCGGGCGGGCAGCGGGAGGGGGCCCAGCUCGCUACUUACCGGUACUCGCGGGGGGAGGGGGUUCGAUUUUGCCACAUUCACUUUAGUUUUUUAAUAAAUAUUUUCCAAAAAUGCA